AUGGUCAAAUUCACCUUUGCUCCCGUCGCCCUCGUCGCCUUCCUGGCCGGCGCCGCCUUCGCCCAGGACAGCUCGUCCUCGGGCGCCCCUGCUCCCAGCAGCUCCAUGUCGAGCUCGGCCGCCCCUUCGUCGAGCAUGUCGUCCUCCUCGGCCGCCCCUUCGCCCACCUCGAUGUCCAUGUCGAGCUCGGCUGGCGGUUCGGGCGGGGGAUCCGGUGGCUCCGCCUCGGGCGUCUGCACCGUCCUCGCCGGCGACGACCCGGUUGGCGGCUGCCCUUACAGCUCCACCAGCACCCCUCCCUACGACCUCAACUCGCUCAUGUCGUACCUGAUCGGCGGCUACACCCGGGGGCCAGAGGCGCGCGAGCCCGAGAGCGUGGCAAACGAGCUGGCCGGCUCUGUCGUCAAGUACUACCCGACGCUCACGGUCUCCCGCGAGGAGCUGCAGCAGAGCUUCCUGUCGGCCAUUGAGGCAUCCAUCACCGCAGUGCGAAACGGCGACGCUACGAUUGACGCGGCCCCUGCCAACAUCCCCGCCUCGCUCGUCAACCUGGCCGUUGCCGGUGCUGCGAUCGCCGCCGCCGGUGCCUUUAUGCUCUAA